AAAAUCAUCAAAAUAGCACAGACAUUCGGUCACAUCGGUAGUUCGUCAAACCUUUCAGGAUUUUCCGCUGUAGAUUUCGUAGAUUUAGUCAGUUUAGUAGUUUACUUACUAAAUUCUAAUUCUUUGUUCCGUUGUUCGAACAUCCUGUGUUCUCAAGCCUUUUCUUUCCUAUGAAAAGAUGCAAUUAAGGCGUUCAAAAACGGAUUGAUGUCAAUAGGUGCUCAGUGUGAAAAUUGAUGAACGUGUUUUGUUUCCCUGAAAAAGUACAUGCAAAUUGCAUGUUAGAUAGUGGUUGUUUAUGCAUGUGCCGUAAAUUGGAGAAAAUUAUGUGCUGGAUUGUUUGAAUCUAACAAAACUAGUGUGUAAAGGAUAUUUUUCAGUCCCUGCCCCGCCAUCAAACUACGCCUGCUACGAUAAAGGUAGUGCAGAGGAAGAGAUUUAAUAGUGAAUCAAACUUGGAUACCUGUACUGCAGAGAGCAAUUUUUAGUAGGCCGCACUCUGUAUGCGAGAACCAAUUGGCCACUGACUGAUGGUUCGCAAUAAAUAUUCCUUAACUAAUGCUGGCAAGUCGCCGAGUAAAAAGUCUCGCAUCAACAGUAAGCAGCAUGAUGCUGCCAGUGAUCACGAAUGUGGAGAAGGAGAUUCCGGUGCGACACUGAUCGACGGUGGUAAUGGAUUAAACGGAACAGCCCCGCGAUGUGAUUCUGUGCACAAACAAAACCUUUACAUUAUUUCCUUUCCUGUUAUUUUUGUGUUUAACGUUUUGCGUUCUCUGUUAUAUCAGUUGUUCGUUAUUUUUCGGUACAUUUAUAAUUUUACCACAAAAGUGGUUUACAAACCGGUGAGAAAGGACUGCGGGCUUGAAAUCGUCAUAAACGAUCAGCAGCAAUCAAAAGCACAGAUUCAGUCUAGUGUGAAUCCACAUCAACAGUUUUCGUACGACCAUCAACAAGAGCAGCAAGCCCAUCCACUGCAGUAUUCAAAUAGUGGUGUAUUAAUUACUGGAGAAGGCCGAGAAAUGGCAUUGCAACGCUCGUCUAGCGGCAGUCAAGUUGGUCCUGGGGAUCCGCUGCUUGCGAAACAAAAACAUCAUCAUCGAAGAGCUUUUGAAUAUAUAUCAAAGGCACUGAAAAUUGACGAAGAGAAUGAAGGUCAAAAAGAACUUGCUAUAGAGCUGUACCGGAAAGGCAUCUUAGAACUAGAACGUGGUAUUGCUGUAGAAUGCUGGGGUGGUCGAGGCGAAGUAUGGGAGCGAGCCCAGCGGUUGCAUGACAAGAUGCAAACAAAUCUAUCCAUGGCACGCGAUAGAUUGCACUUUCUAGAAUGCAUGCUAGAAGCUAACAAUUUAGAGAUUAGCGAAGCGCACAAACUGAAACGGUCCAACACGUUUACUGUGAGCGUCAAUCCUCAUCCUUCGUAUCAUAAUCAUGUGACGACUCCUAUCACCGUUACGAAAGAUGAAACACAUCAUAAACAUGCACAAUUCAAAGCUCCAUCGGCAGUUAGCAAGUCCCGAACAAGGCAACAGGAAAAUCGGUUGAUGAUGCUGAAUGAGAACCCUAUAUCAACUACCUCGAAAAACAAACACGUGUCCCUUCAUGCAGACGCAUCCGGAAAAAAAUUAACAGUCGGCUACAAACGUCCGGGCAAUCUCGGUGUGAUGAACAAAUCCCAAACAUUGCCACGCAGCAUGGGUGGUACAAGAACUACCCCGACUGGUACAAGUGGUGCUGGCUUGAGCGGUGGUUUCAUAGGAGGAAAUGGGUCUGGCGGUGGAACAAGUGGCAUGCCGAAAAUUGUACCAAAACCAGCAGCAACACCGCCCGCUAUUCGACGACAAUUUUCGGUACCUGGUAAUUCACCAAUACGAAAACCAAGCAAUGGUUACGGCCGAAGCGGUGGCAAGGACACUCCUCCUCGUUCGAGAACGCCUUCCAAUAAUCCAUCCACUCAACAACAGCAAAUCAACGUGAAGGGAGUAGAACCAAAAUUAGUUCAAAUAAUCAUGGAUGAAAUUGUCGAAGGUGGUGCUAGGGUAGAGUGGCAAGAUAUUGCUGGCCAAGAGGUGGCGAAACAGGCGCUACAAGAGAUGGUCAUUUUACCAUCUGUGCGACCGGAACUUUUUACCGGUUUACGAACACCUGCUAAAGGUUUACUGCUUUUUGGCCCUCCUGGUAACGGUAAGACUCUACUCGCACGGGCCGUUGCCACGGAGUGCUCUGCAACCUUCUUCAGUAUAUCGGCAGCCACGUUAACUAGCAAAUAUGUAGGGGACGGGGAAAAACUUGUCAGAGCCUUGUUCGCAGUGGCUAGAGAAAUGCAACCGUCUAUCAUAUUUAUUGACGAAGUUGAUUCUUUGCUUUCCGAACGCAGCAGUGGAGAACAUGAGGCUACUCGUCGGUUGAAGACUGAAUUUUUAGUCCAAUUUGACGGCCUUCCAGCAAAUUCAGAAUCUGAUAAAAUUGUUGUAAUGGCAGCGACGAACCGCCCGCAAGAACUUGACGAAGCUGCCUUACGACGGUUUCCCAAACGAGUGUAUGUUACCCUUCCAGAUUUAAGUACACGAGAAAUAUUGCUUAGGAAAUUGUUGGAAAAGCAAGGAAGCCCCCUGGGUGAUGCUGAUAUGAAACACCUUGCAGAAUUGACAGAAGGAUACUCUGGGUCGGAUUUGACAGCACUUGCGAAGGAUGCUGCAUUAGAACCAAUUAGAGAGCUCAACGUAGAGGAAGUUAAAAACAUGGACCCAACGAAACUGCGCAGUAUACGUGAGAAUGACUUCCACAAUUCAUUGAAACGGAUCCGCAGAUCGGUGGCUUCUAACAGCUUGGCAGCGUAUGAAAAAUGGUUACAAGAUUUCGGAGAUGUCACCCUAUAAGGCUGGCUGGUUCAGCCUUCAUUGCCAUUCCAUCGUUAAUUCAUGUAUCCUUAUGUAAUGGUUUAUUUUUCUUGCUGUAGUCAAACGUAUAAACGUGCUGUGUAUUUGAAAAUUUGUUGCAGUUUGAGUCGCAUAGCUUUUAAUUAUAAAUCUAUCGAUUUUCAGCUAUUUGUGUCACUACGAAUUUUCAAAAUUAUACAGCUUAUUGUUUAAGUUAGAGAUUUCAUUGCCAAGUUUCUAAUAGAGAUAAAUAUUAAUCAAAAAUUAAAUGCAAAAAGCUCAGACGUUUAAUGACUAAUUGAAAAUUUCAGUAUCAUAUUCAAGCUACUUUUAUUGAAACAACAUAAGAUAGUAAGAAAAUAAACUCAAAUUAAUUCAUUAUAAUAUGUAUAUAUAGUUUAACAUUGAUCACAACCUUUCAUUAAGGUUAAUUACCAAGUAAACCGACAUUCGUCUAGUAUGAAUAGGCAUAGAGUUACCGUAUGAAAGACAUCAAUUAUUUUUCUUUUACUCGUGAAAAUACUUACCAGUGCUACAUUGCGUUCUAUGUUUUUUCGUUCCUCGCUGCUAUUCUCAUUGUGAAACGAUACAGUAAACUUAAAGAAAAAAAUAACCGAAAACAAUAGUUUUAACUUACAAAUAAAGUUGCACAAAUAAAGAGCUUUGUCGCGCCAAAUAA